GCCCAGGUGUGCUGAGGGGCCUGUACUCAGGAAGAGAAACAGGGAAUCCUCCACAGCACUAGAAAAACAUCCCAACUCACCAAUGACAGCAAAGCAGAUAUUGGAAGUCAUUCAGAAAGAAGGGUUAAAAGAAACAAGAAAUGGAACUUCUCCGUUAGCCUGUCUGAAUGCAAUGCUUCACACUAACACUCGAAUAGGGGAUGGAACAUUCUUCAAAAUCCCUGGAAAGUCAGGCCUCUAUGCUCUCAAAAAAGAGGAGUCGUCAUGCCCAACUGAUGGGACGUUGGAUUUAGACUGUGAGUCUGAAUUGGAUGGCACAGAAAUGGCAGAGGCCAAUGGCAGUGGGGAAGGAAAUGGAGUUUGUGCGAAGCAGGUAACUGAUGAAGCAUCUUCCACUCGAGACUCGAGCCUUACUAACACAGCAGUGCAAAGCAAGCUAGUGUCUUCCUUUCAGCAACACACCAAAAAGGCUCUUAAACAGGCUUUGAGGCAGCAGCAGAAAAGAAGAAAUGGAGUUUCAAUGAUGGUAAACAAGACUGUUCCUCGCGUUGUUUUGACACCAUUAAAGGUGUCUGAUGAGCAGUCGGAUUCGCCUUCAGGAUCCGAAUCUAAAAAUGGUGAAGCAGACAGUUCAGAUAAAGAAAUGAAACAUGGACAAAAAUCUCCCACUGGAAAACAAACAAGUCAGCACUUAAAACGAUUAAAAAAGUCUGGUUUAGGACACUUGAAAUGGACCAAAGCUGAGGACAUUGACAUAGAAACCCCAGGAUCUAUUCUUGUCAACACUAACUUGAGGGCAUUAAUAAAUAAACAUACAUUUGCUUCCUUACCUCAGCAUUUUCAACAAUACCUCCUGCUUUUGCUCCCAGAAGUGGAUAGGCAGCAGUCCUACAGGGCCUCUUACUGUGGACCGUAUGAAGCCAAAGUUCAUUCCAUUAUUACAUCUUUAAAGUAUGGGAAGCUCGCUUCUCCAUUUACCUUGCCAGGACCAACUGUCAUUAAGCCAACCUGCCGGAGAUUAGAGGACCAUGGGUUUCAGGAGAGUAAAAAAGCUCUGGAAGACAGCUUGGUGGAUUAUCCUACGUUCAACCUGGGGAAAAAGCCAUUGCUGAAUGGCAUUGAGGCCCCAUUUGAGAAAGAUCUCAUUAAGGACAGUGAAUAUACACUCUUUCAUCCGCAGCCCCGAGCGUGCAGAGAGUUUACUCCAGAAAUGCAAUUGCGGAUAAGGCAAGAAAUUGAGAAGGAAAAGAAAACAGAACCUUGGAAAGAAAAAUUCUUUGAAAGGUUUUAUGGAGAAAAGUUGGGCAUGUCAAAAGAGGAAUCCACAAAGCUCACCUCUGGACCAAACAAUGAUGGAGCUGAAAGUAGUUCUUCAGCUGGGACCUCUAGUCUUCCAGGUCUUUCUUCACAGACUCUUUUAGAAGAACAACAACCACCAAGCAUGAAAAGUCCAACUUCUCCAGAGCCUGACUUCUGUGCUACGCUCUGUCCUAUGGUAGAUGUAGGUAAAGAUGUAAUGGCAGAAUUAGAAUCAGAGGAUAUCUUGAUCCCUGAAGAAUCUGUGAUUCAGGAGGAAAUUGCAGAAGAGGUAGAGACUAGUAUCUGUGAAUGCCAGGAUGAAAAUCAUAAGACAAUACCUGAAUUUUCUGAGGAGUCUGAAAGUCCAGCCGACUCUCAUGAAGAGCCCCAAAUGGCACCUCCUGAAGAGAACUUGGAAUCCUGUGUUGUGAUGAAUGAUGUUUUAGAAACGUUGCCUCAUAUUGAAGUUAAGGUGGAAGAGAAGUCAGAAUCCUCCCAGGAAGAAAUGUCAGUUGUUAUUGAUCAACUAGAAGCCUGUGACUCUCUCGUUCCUUCCACUUCAUCUGUGACUCAUGUCAGUGACACAGAACAUAAGGAGCCAGAAACUGCAAUACAGAACAAUACUCCAAAAAUAAACAUAGGGUCAUCUUCUUUAGAAGGCCAGUUUCCAGGUGAAGGAAUUGCUGUAGAUAUGGAGCUACAGAGCGAUCCUGAUGAACAGCUUUCUGAAAAUGCUUGCAUCUCUGAAACUUCCUUCUCUUCUGAGAGCCCAGAGGGAGCCUGUACCAGCCUGACAUCCCCAGGAGGAGAGACACAGUCCACUUCAGAAGAAUCAUGUACUCCAGCCUCCCUUGAGACAACAUUUUGUUCUGAGGUGUCCAGCACUGAAAAUGGAGACAAAUAUAAUCAGAGAAAUCCCACAGAAGGAAACCUUCAUGCAUCUUUGAUGUCAGAAAUAUCGCCAGUGUCCACUUCACCUGAAAUAUCAGAAGCAUCUCUAAUGUCCAAUUUGCCUUUAACCUCUGAGGCAUCCCCAGUAUCAAAUUUGCCGUUAACAUCAGAAGCAUCACCCAUGUCUGACUUACCUUUGACAUCAGAAGCUUCUUCAGUGUCUUCCAUGCUUCUCACGUCUGAGACCACUUUUAUAUCCAGUCUGCCACUUCCUUCAGAAACAUCUCCAAUUUCAAAUUCUACCAUGAAUGAAAGAAUGGUGCAUCAACAAAGAAAGUCUCCUUCCAUAUCUGAAGAACCACCCUCUCCACAGAAAGAUGAAGGUCCUGCCCCUGCCAAACCCCUGGGAGAAAGCCUUCUCUCUCAGCAGAAGACUCUCUCAAAUACUCCUGAACCCAUCAAAAUGAGCUCUUCUUCCGUUGCUCUGGAAGCAUUUUCACCUGAAGAACUGCACAAUAAGACCAUGAAUCAGCAGCCUUGUAAAUCACACAUUGAAACUGAGAAGCCCUAUUCUGCUUCAGUGCCAGAACUUCCUUCUACAGAAAUCAUAAAAGUUAAAAAUCAUAAUGUCCUGCAAAGAACAGAAAAGAAAGGGGUGUCUUCACCAUUGGAAUUACCUGUCUUUUCUGAAGAGUCAGAGAGUAAAGGAAAUGAGCUUCCAUCAGCUAAAUUACAGGACAAGCCGUAUAUCUCACCAAUGGAUAAGGCUUCAUUUCCAGAAGGCUCUAGAAAUAAAACCCAUAAGCAAGGGAGCUCACAGAAUCGGUUGGAGACCUCACAUACUUCCAAACCAUCAGAGCCCUCCAAGUCACCUGAUGGGCUAAGAAAUGAAAGUAGAGAAUCCGAGAUAUCAAAGAGGAAAACCGCAGAGCAGCACAGCUUUGGAAUCUGUAAGGAAAAGAGGGCAAGGAUAGAAGAUGAUCUGUCAACCCGGAACAUAUCAUCUAGCAGCCCACCUGAGAAAGAGCAGCCUCCAAGAGAGGAACCCAGGGUUCCACCUCUCAAGAUCCAGCUUUCCAAAAUCGGGCCACCUUUUAUUAUCAAGAGCCAACCCGUCUCCAAACCGGAGUCACGAGCAUCCCCCAGCACAUCCGUCAGUGGUGGGAGGAACACGGGCGCCAGGACCCUUGCGGAUAUCAAGGCCCGUGCCCAGCAAGCAAGGGCCCAGCGAGAGGCCGCGGCCGCGGCUGCUGUAGCGGCAGCAGCGAGCAUUGUCCCUGGAGCAGUGGGGAGCCCGGGAGAGGGUGGAAAGGCGAGAACCCUGGCUCAUAUCAAAGAACAGACAAAAGCGAAGCUCUUUGCAAAGCAUCAAGCCCGAGCCCACCUCUUCCAGAGCACUAAAGAGACCCGAUUGCCUCCGCUUGGCUCAAAGGAAGGCACUCCUAGCUUAGAAGUUCCUCCUACCCCUGAAACAAAAAUCGAGGGUUCAACCGGUGUCAUUAUCGUCAACCCAAACUGCAGAUCUCCUAGCAACAAGUCUGCCCACCUCCGGGAGGCCACCACUAUAUUACAGCAGUCUCUUAACCCGACUAAACUUCCAGAAACUGCCACGGACUUAUCCGUGCGUAGUUCUGAUGAAAAUAUACCUGUGUCGCAUUUAUCUGAGAAAAUUGUUUCAUCUACCUCUUCUGAAAACAGCAGUGUGCCCAUGCUUUUUAAUAAAAAUUCUGUCCCUGUGUCUGUCUGCAGCACUGCUAUGUCAGGAGCAAUUAAAGAACAUCCCUUUGUGAGUUCUGUUGAUAAAUCCUCUGUUCUAAUGUCUGUUGACAGUGCAAGCACUACAAUUUCUGCUUGUAAUAUAAGCAUGUUAAAAACCAUCCAGGGACCUGACACACCAUGCAUAGCCAUUAUACCAAAAUGUGUUGAAAGCACUCCCGUUCCCACCACCACCGAAGGCGCCAGCAUAUCGAGCUCCGUGGAUGACAAGCAGUUACUCCUGUCAAGCAGCGGUGCUGGUAACUUAGUCUCCAGUCAGUACACCUCUGUGCCAACUCCCUCCAUUGGAAAUAACUUGCCAAACCAUCUCUCCACUAGCUCUGUCUUGAUUCCCCCAGCGGGAAUUAACAACCGAUUUCCUCCGGAGAAGAUAGCCAUGCCUGGGAGUGAAGAACAGGCCACCGUGCCCAUAGGGACCACUGUGAGAGCCGCCCUCAGCUGCAGGGAGUCAGUAGCCAUCACGGACACACUGGUUGCACGCCCACCAGUCGCAAUGUUUACCGGAAGUAUGCUGACCAUAAACUCUUAUGAUGAUAGCUCUCCCAAGUUAAGUGCUGAAAGCUUGGACAAAAAUUCUGGGCCUCGCAACAGGGCAGACAAUUCUGGGAAACCUCAGCAACCCCCAGGGGGCUUUGCACCAGCAGCCAUAAACAGAUCGAUUCCGUGUAAAGUCAUCGUUGACCACAGCACCACGCUGACCUCCACUUUGUCUCUGACUGUCUCCAUUGAAAGUGCAGAAGCCAGCUUGGACAUCCAGAGCAGGUCAGGGAGGACAGAAGCAGCCACACAGCCCAUGGCAUGUCCUCAGGUGUCUGUGAUUAGCAGGCCUGAGCCAGUUGCAAGCGAAAGCAUAGAUCACGGUUCUAGUUUCCUUGCUGCUGCUUCAGCAAAACAAGACUGUAAAACGAUGCAGGCCCCCUGCACCAAUCUCCGAGAAGUACCCCUUGCUGUGCCAGAUAAAUUAAAUGAGGUGACUGCUCCUAGUAAUACCUUUGCUGAGCAGGCACGUGGCCCGACCACUUUCAAAAGUGAAGCAGACACAACCUGUAGCAACCAGUACAACCCAGGCAACCGGAUUUGCUGGACCGAUGACGGCAUGAGGAGCACUGGACAGCCCCUGGUUAGUCACUCGGGUUCGAGUAAACAGAAAGAAUAUCUAGAGCAGAGCUGUCCAAAGGCUAUCAAAACUGAACACGCCGGCUACUCGCACCUGUCAGAACUUCAGCCUAGGAAUCUCAUAACUAGUGUCACUAUCCCCGUGAAAUCAGAACCCCAUGAAAUGGACAAGGGCUUCAGAAUGGAUACUGAAGACUUCCCUGGCCCGGAGCUGCCCCCUCCGGCUACAGAAGCCACCCCUAGUGGGCCACCGACACAGAACGUGAAGGCUCCCACCUCUGGUCCUGUGGAAGAGGCAAUUUCCUUGGCUACAGACACCCUGAAAAGAGUUCCCAGUGCAGGGAGCUCAAGCUGUCGUCUGUCAUCUGUGGAGGCGAACAAUCCACUGGUGACACAGUUGCUACAGGGCAACCUGCCUUUGGAAAAAGUGUUGCCGCAGCCCAGACUGGGAGCCAAGCUCGAAAUUAACAGGCUUCCUCUGCCUCUUCAAACUACCUCAGUGGGUAAAACAGCACCAGAGAGGAACAUUGUGGAAAUGCCGUCCAGCUCUCCAAACCCAGAUGGGAAGGGCUACUUGGCAGGGACCCUGGCACCACUCCCAAUGAGAAAGCGAGAAAACCACCCCAAAAAGCGAGUGGCCAGGACUGUGGGGGAACACACUCAAGUGAAAUGUGAACCGGGGAAAUUGCUGGUGGAGCCAGAGCUUAAAGGGGUGCCUUGUGUCAUCAACGCCGGCCUGAAUCAGCUAGGACACGGCCAGCCAUUUAAGCAAGAGUGGAUGAACAAGCACGCGGUGCAGAACAGAAUCGUUCACAGCCCGGAGGUCAAACAGCAAAAGCGGCUGCUCCCCUCGUGUAGCUUCCAGCAGAGCCUGUUUCAUGGUGACAAGAAUGGCAGCUUCCACCCUGAUGCUGGUACCUCCCACAGACAGCCGUUUUACCAAAUGUCCAUGGCUGCCAGGGGCCCCAUUCCUACCGCAGCCCUGCUGCAGGCCUCGGCCAAGGCCCCGGUGGGCUGUAAUGCGUUCGCCUUCAACAGGCAUCUUGAACAAAAGGGACUGGCAGAGGUGGGCCUCGCCUCAGCGCCUCACCAGCUAAGGUUAGCCAACAUGUUGUCCCCCGGUAUGCCCAUUAAAGAAGGCGAGGACGUGGGAGGGGCUACACACGCCUCCCCUUCUCCCCCGCCUCCCCCACCACCACCUCCACUACCUCCACCUCUUCCUAAUGCUGAAGUCCUAGCGGAUCAAAAACAACCUCCGGUCACCAUGGAAACCACUAAGAGACUUAGUUGGCCACAGUCCACGGGCAUAUGUAGCAAUAUAAAAUCGGAACCUCUUUCUUUUGAGGAAGGUUUAGGCAGCAGCUGUGAACUGGGCAUGAAACAAGUUUCCUAUGACCAGAAUGAAAUGAAGGAACAGUUAAAAGCCUUUGCGCUAAAAAAUGCAGAUUUCUCUUCCUAUUUGCUUUCUGAGCCACAAAAGCCUUUUACUCAAUUAGCUGCUCAGAAAAUGCAGGUGCAGCAACAACAGCAGCUCUGUGGAAAUUAUCCAACAAUACACUUUGGUAGCACGAGUUUCAAAAGGGCAGCCUCUGCCAUUGAAAAGUCCAUUGGGAUUUUGGGAAGUGGCUCCAGCCCCGCCACGGGCCUGCCUGGCCAGAACACUCAGAUGCCCACGCAGAACUUUUCCGACAGCAGCAACACGGAUGAACUGGAACUGAAAUGCUCUUGCCGGCUGAAAGCCAUGAUUGUGUGCAAAGGCUGUGGGGCCUUCUGCCAUGACGACUGCAUAGGACCUUCCAAACUCUGUGUAGCUUGCCUGGUUGUGCGAUAAGCGCUAAAUGAAAGAUGCAGUAUCCCUUUUCAACAUGGGAAAAAAGCUCAACAUCGUCAGCAACAACAAAUUGAAUUACUCAGUGGUUUCUAGCGUGCUAAUUUAUUUUACUUUGGAACAGGUUAUCUUCUCUCCACGGGAUUACUCUUUCCUUACAUUUCUCAGAAAGGGGAGAUCACAUCCAAUCCGGGUGGCUCAGCGGCAUGUCUUUAGCAUCUUUAGUUGCUAUCCCCAACAUUGGAAAAUUUCCAUCCAUGUGUAUACAGGCCACUACCCCAUUGGGUUUUUUUGUUUAUUUGUUUUAAUUUAGGUGUAGCUAGCAAAAGGACAUUUUUAAUUACUACCAGAAAUGCAGCUAUAGAAAGAAAAUGGUAAAAGUGAUUUAAGGUGGGUAUGCACUCUUCUCCAGAUUAACCAUUAUCUAUAGCAAGGCUUUUCACAGUUGACUCUUCGGGAGCUGCCUUUCCCACAGUGAUUAAGUCAUACUUGGAAAGGGGAAUCUGAUUUAAAUGUGCGAUUCCUUGUAUUUACUCAUAUCACAAAAGAUACAUUAAAGGAGGUGUGUCAUCAAUGAGCUCCACUGUCCUUAUUCUCUUUCCUCCCUGUUGACCCUUUUCACAGACUGGCAGAAAAUCUGCCUCUGCCUUGAACAUUGUACACACACUGUAGUGAAAUGUGUCUUAGGCCUGAAUUGCAGUGUGGGCCUCGUGCCCAGUCUGGUUUGAGCCCUUUGACACCUGAUACUGUAAGAUCAGUUGGCCAACAGAGAGCCAUAGGCCCAGAGGAUUUCAGAGCUGCAUGUGUGGCUUUUAAGAGCAAGUACUUAAAAACAACACAACAAAAGUGCCCUAAAAUUAAAAGUAAAAGGCUGUGUAUGCAAACACAUAUAAAUAGUGUUCCAUUCUAUUCAUUCUGAUACAAUUACUCGAUAUAAAAAUUGGGAUAAUAAUCAUAGCUCUUUGUUGAUGACUCCAGUACACUCUGGCUCCCAGCUUUGCAGAGGUUGACCCCUCUUUUUAAAAGUGUGAUUGAUGAUAAAAGGGACUGCAGACGGCUGACGUGUUGAAACUUUUCAGGACAUUUUUUUUUUUUCCUUCUCAUGAUUUUACUCUGAUAGAGCCCUCAUUUUAAAAACUGUUCUAGGUACUGCAUGUUUUGUUUUCUUUCCCCUUAGGUGAAUUCAGUACAUUCUUCCAAUUUGGGAGAGUGGAACUGCUUUUGAAAAAGGGAUACUGCAUCUUACAAAUAUCAUCAGUGUUUCUCCAGUAAAGCCUGAGUGUUGCGUAUUUGAGCUACAUUCGGCAUACUCUGGCCACCCUCAUGCCACAGAGAACAGCUUUGGUUCAGGAGGCUCUGUUCCCUAAAGCAAGUUCAAAAGCACAUGCACAUUGUGGGAAGAUGAAAGACAACAAAACGAUGCCCAUUUAACUUCAGAUUACAGAGCACAAAAUGUGGAGUGCCAUUAACCCAUUGAUUGAUUGAGGCUAUAAAAUUAAAAGAAAAACAUGGGGGGAAAUGUCAUCUGUCCAGGGUAAGAAUGACAGAUAUUUUUACAUGGGAUCAUCUUAACAUAAACUUUUGACAUUCCUUUAAGAUAUGUCUUAAAAAUUAACUGGAAUGAACAGAAAUUACAUUCCUAGAAAAGAAAUACUUGUGACUUUUUUUUAUAGUAUUCAACCAUGGUAUACUUUUUUCCCCCCCCCUCCAUAUUUAUUACUGUGAUGUUGCCAAAUUUUGUUAGGUGACAGAGACGUCAUUAUUAUUAACAAAUUGCUGAUAGUGAAAGAUACUUUAUCUUAAAAAGCAAAGAAGGGCCUGGCUUUGUGGCUGCAUUUCGGUGCUUCAGUACUAUCACUUCUGUUUUCCACAUUAAAAUUAACAAAAUUAACUAAUGACUGAGAAAAUGAGCAAUGCGCUUAUCCAGCCCUUGCCAAGGAAUGCAGCAUAAGUCCCAGCGGAUUGGAUCCUUAGUUCACUCUGCGCCAGGUUUCCUUGAGGUGGCAGCCUCACCCGUGGGGUCUCCAUGGUCUGCUUGGCUCUGACAUCAUCUUGGUUCAGAAGAUCAUGCUAUAGUCUCACAGAGGAGCACCCCUAAAAUACAGACACUUGCAUGCCAACUCCUUCCAAAUUCAGUUGCCUCCCUACCAAUGUCAGAUACUGUCUACACCAGCAGAAAACUACCACAUCAGUAACUGACUCGGUGUUGGAAGAAGCUCCAGUCUAUGAAACAUUUGCACUCUGUAUAUGAGGUACAAUUGAGGCUGAAGUGAUAGCCCGUUACCUGUUCCAUCACUGUGGAACACUGCCUGAAGUUGCUUACUGGGAAUAAAGAAAAGUGUCCUUCUCUAUGUUUUGAUUUUUCACGUAGUCUGUUGGGAGAAUCAACUGUUGAUGGUGCAUGGAUUCUAUCACCCAGGUCCAAAGAGCAUAAUUUGUCUAUGCCCUUGCUCUUUUCUGCCCAGUUUAAAUUCCUAAUGUUCGCCUAUGCUUUUUAUUACUGAAAAAUUAAUAUCUUUGGGCUAAAAAUUAUGGAAAGAAAGAAAAAUUUGCAAGUAAGUAAUAGGUCAUAUUUUACAAGUGUCCAUUUAAUAUACAUGUGUACACACAAAAGCCAGUAUCUUUGGAUUAGGUGAGUAGGUUCUUAGUUUCCUGAUUUCCACAGGUGUCUGCCUAUGUGCAAAUGGAGUAUGUUAUUUACUACAUGGUUAUUGUGGUAGAAUGUGCAAAUUUUAGUGUGUGCAUUAUCCUAAUAAUUGGACACUAUGCUAUCCCCUAUCAGGAAUAGAGCCUGCACAUGUGACAUGUAACUUUUUUUUUUUUAAUCACAGAGGAUGUACUUCCGUAAGUAGCACUUUUUGGAGCCGGGGGAGAAGAUAACCGCUAUUCCCUAAUCCCCCUCCUAUAUGAUAUGCAUAUGCCUGAGGUGUAUAAAGACGUUUAGUUAGUUAAUGGGCAUGUUAAUAAGAACAUUCUGAUGCAAAUUCAUUUCCAAAAUGAAAAUAAUGUCCUUCCCCCACGUGAGAAUAGCAGAAAUGUUGGUGAAUUGAGCACCAUAGUUAUAUUUCCCUGCUAAAGUCUAGUUUGAAAAAGAAAACUUGAAAACAAACCUAUGAGGCUGAGCCUGGUUGCUAUAAAGACUUUGUGGUGGUAUGUGUUUCUGAGAUGAGCUAGAGAAGGUUUGGUUGACUUCGAGACCUUGGAUAGUCUUAUUCAAAAUAAACAUACAAACACAAGCUGAUGGCGUGUGGUAUGCAUAAUGCAGCCAAGAGUCACAAUACAAGGUGCUGCAGCCCAGUUUCCUUUCCACACUCGCACAAUUUCAAAAGAGGAAGGUACUAUGGCCUUGGUCUCCUGGUUGCUCCUUGGUCUGGUGGAGUUCCAGGUUACAGAAGCUGAAACCAAGGAUAGGGUUGCAUCGUCUCUCUGGUGUCGAGGCCGCGCACCGUGCUAGCUGCCUGGUGGGAAUGAACCCACCGAACAUGCAGAGCCCAGAGUCAUUGUCCGUUUGUGUCUCCAGAGAACAAUGUGAAGAGUCCCAGCAAAGGAACUCAGAAGACUGUCAGGGGCCUAUGUAGCCAAAAUGUCACUGAAUAUAAAACUCUUGUCUUCGUUCUUCAUGCUUUGUCACUGUAAAGCGAACAAAAGCAUUUUUACUAUAAUUUAAAGGAGCUGCUUUUUUAUAGCACAUACUAUUUCGCUUUGUACUAUAUUUGAUAGUUGCAGAAUAAUUUAGACAGUAGAAAAAUCUUGUUGUAUUUGUACUGUUCAUGAAUGUUUCAAAGAAAGUGCUUUACUUUGUUGCCAUAAUUUUCUUGUACUGCUGUAUUUCACCCCCUGCCCCCACCACCCCCCUACUUUAUGGAAACCUGAUUCCUAUUUUCAGU